GAUAAGAGCGCGAACUAUCAUUUACUACAAAUUAAAGCAGCAGGCUCGCCUGUACACUGACUCUUCAUUGACAGCCAGAAGUUCCGCACAAGCGGGCCGCUACAAUACUACAGACCGUGGCAGAAAAGGAUACUGGAACGGACCUGUGCUGUGAAUUGAAUCAAAACUGUUGUAGAAACCUCAGACUUGCAAAAUGACGGCUACUAAUCCACCACAAGACAAAUACAAGGCUGUGUGGCUCAUAUUCUUUAUUCUUGGAUUAGGAACACUCCUGCCAUGGAAUUUCUUCAUGACUGCCACAAUGUACUUCACCAGCCGGCUGGUAACUGCAGAGGAGAGGAUGUUACAGGUUAAUAGCACAGGCAACCUGACUGUCUUGGUGCCUAAGAAUUACCUGGAGUCCAAAUUCAACAACUUUAUGACUUUCUGUGCCAUGGUGCCACUUCUCAUCUUCACCUGCCUCAACUCUUUCCUCCAUCAAAGGGUUCCCCUGAAGGUGCGCAUCAUGGGAAGCCUGGGUGUCAUUCUGCUGCUGUUCCUCGUAACGGCUGCUCUCGUCAAGAUCUCCAUCCUUCCACUCUCCUUCUUUGUGCUGACGAUGAUCACAAUUGUUUGUAUCAACUCCUUUGGAGCGAUUCUUCAGGGCAGUCUCUUCGGACUAGCCGGCCUGCUGCCAGCCAGCUACACUGCCCCCAUCAUGAGCGGACAGGGCAUGGCAGGAACAUUUGCUGCCAUUGCUAUGAUCUGUGCUAUUGCAAGUGGUUCGGAGUUACAAGACAGUGCCUUCGGAUAUUUCAUCACAGCAUGUGUGGUGAUCAUCAUAGCUAUUGUUUCCUACAUCGCCCUCCCUAAAAUGGAAUUUUUCUUGUAUUAUUUGAACAAAAACAGCAGUCCUAUGAUGAGCAGCAAUGAUGGCGAAACCAAGCUAGACCUGCUGAAGAAAGCGGAACAGACAAACGGGGCGGAUAAAAAGGCUGUCAUAAGCUUCACAGAUGAUCUUCAACCUCAAGUCUCAGUAGUUGAAAUCUUAAAAAAGAUCUGGGUGCUGGCGUUGUCUGUGUGCUUUGUGUUUAUGGUCACUAUUGGUACAUUUCCCGCUGUCACUGUCGAUGUGAAAUCCACAAUUGCAGGGGACAGUCGCUGGGGAGACUAUUUUAUCCCUGUCUCGUGUUUCCUGUUGUUUAACCUGUGUGACUGGGCUGGAAGGAGUCUCACUGCAAUCUGUUUGUGGCCUGGGAAGGACAGCUUGCUCUUGCCGAUCAUGGUGGUGGCUCGUGUGGUCUUCGUGCCCCUGUUCAUGCUGUGUAACGUGCAGCCCCGGGAGAACCUUCCUGUCUUCUUCAGUCACGACAUGUGGUACAUCAUCUUCAUGAUCCUCUUCGCCUUCUCCAACGGAUACCUGGCCAGCCUCUGCAUGUGCUUCGGACCCAAGAAAGUGGCCUCUCAUGAAGCAGAGACGACUGGAGCCAUCAUGGCCUUCUUCCUAUCUCUGGGCCUGGCCUUGGGUGCCUCAGUCUCCUUCAUGUUCCGGGGGAUGGUGUAACAAUGGCAGAGGAAUCUCCAAGUGCUGAUUUUAACACUGGAAUCAAGCAGGAAGCCUUCCUCUGCAGACUCCCCUUACUGGGUUUAAGACCAGCCUUGAUUUUAUACAGUGCUUUUUAUACUGCCUUUCAAUUGUUUCAAUAAUUGUCAAUAUUUUAAGUAUUUUACUUGUAAUGUGCUAACAAUAUGCUUUAUAUAUUUUUUUAUUUCACAUGUGCUGGUUUUUUGUUUUUUGUUUUAAUUUAAAAUAUUUUAAUGUUUUUGUUUAGUUUUUUACACUGAAUUACUGGAUAGUGAGGUGCUUGCAUAUACAAGUGAAGCUGUGUAUAAAAAAGCAAAGUUAAAUUGUCAUCGCUUCAUUGAUACCACAGCUAGUUACAAAGGGUAGGAUUUAGUAGCCACAUGCACAAUGAAAGCCAGGAAAUUUGGGACAAGCAAUCGCUUUAAUGAUACCGUGAUCUGUCACGUUUUAAAGCAGUAUUAAAGUGCUAACUAUGAUUAGAUGUCGUGUUUAAAUGAGGGCAGACAGACACUAAUUUAGAUAGAGGUGGCAUGGGAUUAUCUCUCUGGCAAAUAUUUAGUAUUGCGUCUUACAGAAUUAACAUAGUAAACUAAGUUAUACAGUAAGCAUAUACUUAGAAAUGAAAACAAGGGGAUGUUUUUUUUGUUUUUUUUUUUAAAUCAGAGCUAUUGGAUCAGAGCUGCCUUUGUCCUUAAAUAAACUUGUAAUAUUUUAAUAGUUUAAAGAGGAGCAGAAUGAAACUAAUGUAGAAUUUCAGUGCUUUAGAUUUUAGAUUUUGUUUCCACUAUCUCACCUGUAUUUUAUUUAUUUAGUAUAACUUUCACGUUAGUCAUUUUUACCCUAUUCACCCACAAUCUGAAAUUGGGCAUGACCAAAUGUCAUUGCAUGACAUGACAAGUCAAUAGUAAUCGCAUGGUUUAAAUGCAAAAAAAGGAAAAAGUAAUGUUUCUUUUUGACCACCAUUGUGUUUUUUGUAGUUAUGGAUGUAUACUGUUUUAGCAUUUAUUUUAUUACUGUAUGUUGUUCCUUCACAAGUUUGUAUUUUAGAGUACAAGAACACAGUUAUAUCAGUAUUCUGCCAAGGUCCAGAGAGCCGUUUAUUCAAGGAGUCUCAAACAAUUGUGAAUAAAUGUAAUGUAAUGAACUCUGAAUCAGCAGUUUGUUUCCAGAGUGAAUUGGAAUGUACUGGUUUAAACUGGAAAUGUGCUAGUGUGACUUCCGUUUGUAUAAUUCCUGCUAGACUGGGACUCUGCAAAGAGGUGCAGUUUGUCAUAAGCAAUACUGAAUAAAUGUUGUUGCAGACUAUUUGUUUGCAAUUCCUUUUUU